AAACCUAGGACAGACACGCGAGGCUACUUUGGACCAAUGCGUCAGGAUGGAUUGCGUUUGACGCAGGAGGAAUCCUUCAUUCCAACUUCUCAAGGGAAACAAGCCAACGUUUCUUUUCCCCUCUGACUCGCCAAACGAGAAUAACACACACCGAGACAUUUAACAUCAGAUACGCGAUUCAUGCCAAAGAUUAUAAGCGUGUAAGAAAGUGCGCAAAUGAGCUCCCAAUCACACCAGCAGUUACACGGGGAAGGUGAAAGUAUACGACGUAGAAAGAGUGCGUGAGAGCGAGUGAGACUGAAAGAGGGAGAGAGAGCGCGAGGGAGGAGGUGGCGCGCAUGUCCAGUUGCUCCAUGCAGUCUGCUCUCCAAGCUCGCCAAUCUUGCAACGACUUUCUCCACUCCUUCUGCCCGCCUCUGUCUAUCCAUGUGCAUCGGACACGCAGCUCUCCCCUGAGCGGACCGUGCAUGCAGGGGGGAAUAACCGCUAAAAGCCCACCAUGGAAUAGGAAUUACUAUCCAGGACAAAACGUACAGUACACGGAGAAAACCUUCCUCUUUUUUUUUCUGCCGUCUUCCCUCCCCCUUCCUCCCUGUCAAUGUAUCGCAACACUUUUUGAAGGAACCCAAGUGAAGAAACAUGAGGAUUAAUAUUUUCUCUUGGCACUUUCUGGGCUUGUGUUCUGUCUGGUGGGGGCUGUCGACGGGAGCGUUCCCCAGCUCAGUGCAGAUUGGCGGCUUGUUCAUUAGGAAUACUGAUCAAGAGUACACAGCGUUUCGACUAGCUAUCUUCCUUCACAACACCAGUCCGAAUGCUACGGAAGCCCCCUUCAACCUGGUCCCACAUGUCGACAAUAUAGAGACAGCCAACAGUUUUGCAGUCACCAAUGCAUUCUGUUCCCAGUAUUCAAGGGGAGUCUUCGCCAUAUUCGGCCUUUAUGACAAACGCUCAGUCAACACGCUGACGUCAUUCUGCGGGGCCCUGCACAUCAGCCUGGUAACACCCAGCUUCACCACCGAAGGAGAGGCCCAGUUCACCCUGCAGCUGCGGCCAUCCAUUAGAGGGGCUUUGCUGUCCCUUUUGGACCACUAUGACUGGAGCCGAUUUGUCUUUCUCUAUGAUACGGAUAGAGGCUAUGCGAUUCUGCAGGCAAUCAUGGAGAGAGCGGGGCAAAACGGCUGGCAGGUGAGCGCGAUUUGUGUGGAGAGUUUCAACGAGGCUGGAUAUCGCCGACUUUUAGAAGACCUGGACCGACGACAAGAGAGGAAGUUUGUCAUUGACCUGGAGCCAGAGAGACUACAGAGCAUGCUUGAACAGGCAGUCAGUGUGGGAAAACACGUAAAAGGCUACCACUACAUCGUAGCAAACCUGGGGUUUAAAGACAUUUCUCUGGAAAGGUUCAUGCACGGUGGCGCCAAUGUGACUGGUUUCCAGCUCGUGGACUUCAGCAAGGCUAUCGUCAUUAAACUGAUGCAGCGUUGGAACAAACUCGAUCAAAGGGAAUAUCCUGGAUCAGAGAGCCCACCCAAGUAUACGUCAUCCUUAACUUAUGACGGUGUUCUUGUGAUGGCUGAAGCCUUUCGCACUCUUCGUCGUCAGAAAAUUGACAUAAGUCGACGGGGAAAUGCUGGAGACUGCUUGGCCAAUCCCGCUGCUCCCUGGAAUCAAGGAAUAGACAUGGAACGAGCACUCAAGCAGGUGCGCAUUCAGGGCCUGACUGGCAACAUCCAAUUUGAUCACUUUGGUCGGAGAAUCAAUUACACAAUGGAUGUGUUUGAACUGAGGAGCAACGGACCACGCAAGAUCGGUUACUGGAAUGACAUCGACAAACUUGUCUUGGUCCAGAAUGAAAAUUCCUUGUCCAAUGACAGCUCAGCGAUGGAGAACCGGACAGUAAUUGUGACGACUAUCAUGGAGGGCCCCUACGUGAUGCUGAAAAAGAAUUGGGAGCUAUAUGAAGGCAAUGACCAGUACGAGGGCUACUGUGUGGAUCUGGCCUCAGAGAUCGCCAAACACAUUGGAAUCAAAUACAAGAUCUCCAUUGUACCUGAUGGGAAAUACGGAGCCAGAGAUCCCGAGACGAAGAUAUGGAACGGGAUGGUGGGCGAGCUUGUUUAUGGGGAAAGUGAUGCUGAUGAGGAGGAGGGUCGAGGCGGAGUGCAGCAGAGUGAAGUAAACCGAUCAGAAGAAAACAUCUCGGAGGAAUUGGAUGUCUUUGUCAAUAAACAUCUGAAAUUACAGCUCUCCUCCGUGCUGGCUGCUGCCGGCGGCUGCUUCUACAGCUCAGGCUUGCAAACAUCCAUCUCAACCCCCCCCCCCCCACCUUCCCUCCCGAUAAUCUUUUCCUUCUGUUGCGCCCAUCCUCCUCUCGCUCACCCUUCCCACUCCAUUUCCUUUGCGCCACACUUCCUUUCUCUCUUUCCCUCCUCCACCUCCAUCUGUCUUCUCUCCAGGUCUCUGUCUGGACGUAUUGUGGGAGGUGUGUGGUGGUUCUUUACCCUGAUCAUCAUCUCCUCUUACACAGCCAACCUCGCUGCUUUCCUGACUGUGGAGAGGAUGGUUUCCCCCAUUGAGAGUGCAGAGGACUUGGCCAAACAGACAGAGAUAGCCUAUGGGACACUGGACUCAGGUUCUACAAAAGAGUUCUUCAGGAGGUCCAAAAUAGCCGUAUAUGAGAAGAUGUGGUCAUACAUGAAGUCAGCCGAGCCAACUGUCUUCACCAAAACCACUGCGGAAGGUGUGGCGAGGGUGCGCAAGUCCAAAGGGAAAUACGCCUUCCUCUUGGAGUCCACCAUGAAUGAGUACACGGAGCAACGCAAGCCUUGCGACACCAUGAAAGUCGGGGGCAACCUGGACUCCAAAGGAUACGGAAUUGCUACACCCAAAGGCUCACAGUUAAGAAAUGCGGUCAACCUGGCCGUGCUAAAGCUCAACGAGCAGGGCCUGUUGGACAAAUUGAAAAACAAGUGGUGGUAUGACAAAGGAGAAUGUGGCAGCGGGGGAGGGGAUUCCAAGGACAAGUCGUCUCAGGCCCUGAGCCUGUCUAACGUGGCCGGGGUCUUCUACAUCCUCGUGGGCGGCCUGGGCCUCGCCAUGCUUGUGGCGCUGGUCGAGUUCUGCUACAAGUCGCGGGCCGAAGCCAAACGCAUGAAGCUGUCUUUUUCUGAAGCCAUGCGAAACAAGGCCCGUCUGUCCAUCACAGGAAGUGUGGGGGAAAACGGCCGCGUUCUAACGCCAGACUGCCCUAAAGCUGUGCACACUGGUCACGCCACCCUCCGACACCCUGGCCUUGCAGUGGUCUCCUCCGGACUGCCCUGAAAACCAAAAAAGAUCCGCUGUGCCUUAGUGACACACCAACAUGCAGACUCACAUUGAAGGAUCACGUCCAUAUUCAUCACUUUAUCUUCAGACGCCGUACAUUUUUACAUCUUUUCCCGCUGCCUCUGACUUAUUUUACUUCAGAAAAUGGAAUACGUCGUGUAGAGAACGUUGCUACGGUUGGCUGCAGCAACUUUUUUUUCUUUUUUUUUUUUUUUUGUUUUGGUUUUGGAAGAUUCAUCCAAACGAACUGAGGCUAAAACACUGAGCUGUAACCACUAUCAUGAUGAUAAAGAAAAAAAUCUCUCAUCUUGUUUUCAUUGGACAGUCUCGGCCAAUAAACGACAGCCCUCAACAACGCCUUACAAAGACAAACAUUUAUGUUGAUUAUACUGUCAUUGCUGUCGUCAUCUUGCCUGCAAAGUGACAGGUGUAUCCUCUUAGAAGACCACAAAACUGUAAGCCUGAUUGUUUUGGGGGACAAUACAGACUUUGCCAUGGAAAUU